AUGAACGCCCCUUUUCAGUCAAAUCCAUUCUCCGCUGCGGGCCCCGAGGCAUCACGCCCCAGAUUUAGUCCUCCAAAGCUAAAGUUUCCCAAGACUGAAAAGCAGAAUAUCUUUUAUAUGAAACGUGAGUCACAUCCUUCCGUUUUAGAGAUUAAGCUUUGGAGACUUCAAAUAAAAGCUGUGAAAGCUCUUCCAGAA